AUGCUCAACGCAUACACAGAAAAGCAUGAUAGGUGGAGGAAUGGUGCGACUCUUACCGGCAUUCUUCAAGUGAUUGAUUUGGACCAUCCUAAUGCUCCUAAAAUUGAUAAUCUUCUAUCGAAGGCUUUGGUCCUUUGGAAAGCCUCGUCAAGGGCCGCCAAUGCUAGUGAGCAAGUUAUUAAAUCCGAGGGUCCGAAUAAGAAGAAAACUACGGUGUCAAGUGAGAGACAUGAUGAACAAAGCCGCAUCCGCCGCGGAGACCAUAGAGCAUAA